GAGCAAAGAAAGAAGCCCAGGCCGAUUGUAGGCGGGUCUUAUAUACGCCCCGCCGAAUACUCCAGCUGCACCUGCACACAAACAUAAUUAACAAAGCCACAAAAGAAGAAGGGGUCGUAACACCACCCCCCAUAAAAACGGGGGUCAUGGGGAGUCAUCCCCGUGAACCACCGAAACAAAACCAAAACAAAAACAAACGUGUACAAACACCCAACCAAAUUUACCCUCACCAUCACCUCCACCGGCACCUAAAGGGGAAGAGAAGGUGAGAAACAGGGCAACCACCACACACCAGGGAACCCACAGACCGAACCACAGGAGCCCUCGACAACGCAUCAGCUCUAGCAAUGUCACGCCCCGACCGAACACAGCAGGGGUCAUCCGGCACCGGAACGGACGACCCGGCACGUUUUAAGAAAAGCAGACACAUCUUUUUUCGCCCCCGGCCAGAAAAAAUGCCUGCGGAGAUGCAAAUAUGUUUUCCGCACACCAAAAUGACCAGAGUCGUCAUGAGCAACUCCGAGGACAACAGUGCGAAAUAUAGAUGGAACCACCAGCUGAAACACAACCUCACGCGCCCGGUCGCCCCCAAAUGUCCACUUCCGAAACAAUAAACCAUCAUGCACAAAGUACCCACUCGCCACGCUUGCUAUUGCCGCCCCUGGGACAGCCAGACCAAAGGCCACUGUCAAAGACGGAUCAGCACGCUGUUCCCGGACCAACUCCUCGUGAGACACCUCAAGAGGAAAAUCUGCCACAGACAAAGCAACGUCCUCCCUCACAGCGACCGCAUCCUGCGAAGCCGCGCACAUAGCACGCAUAUCGGCACACGCUGGAAACACCCUAGGAGGCGGAGACAACCCACCCCCCUGAACAGACGGACACAGCGCAACCACAGGGGAGGCUGUCACACGAACACCACUGUCACCAACAAGCGAACCGGCAGCGCGCAGCAAGAAGGGAUCAGCAGACCAAACACGGCCGCCCGCCAGGCCAUUCCCCAAAAUAAAAUGAAUUCCAUCCACGGGCAACGCGGCCCGCACGCCCACAGACACUUCCCCACGCACCAGCUCACAGUCCAAAACCACUCUAUGCAACGGAGUAGGCAACGUCGUCAAGCCCAUGCCACGACCCACAACAUAAUCACCAGUAGCCGAACGGGAAGAGAACGGGAGGACCGAACCCACGACAUACGAAUCAUACGCACCCGUGUCUCUCAGAAUCCGAAUAGGAGUCUUCGAAGGAAAUGAAGUGCACACUCCAGCAGCGGCAACAGGAGAACCACCCGGAUCUGCAAACGCGGUCGGAUUAACAUUCUGUGCCGAGGUUUUCCCCCUAGAUGACAACACAGGACAAUCCCCCUUCCAGUGGCCCCUCUCACGGCAGUAGUGGCACACGUCCGCCCCGGCACGCGCGUCAGACGACA